AUGACUAACAACAACAGGAUGAUCUCUUCCUCCUCGUCCUCUUUUUCCUCCUUUUCGAUGAUGGAAAAAUGUCCUCCUCCUCCUCAUCGUCGCUCUCAUCAUCAUCAUCAAAAGUCAUCAUCAUCAUCUUCAACAUCAUCAUCAUCAUCUUUUUUUUCCAGAAGAAGAGAGGGGAAGAAGAAGCUUUUUUCUUUGAUGAUUGGGAGGACGAAGAAUGUCCCCAACAGCGUGAUCAUCAUCGCUCGGGCGGCAAGAGCAGCAGCAGCAGCAACAACAACUGCGGGUGGUGACGAAAAUGGUGCGGAAGUUUCUAAAACGGGAGGAGAGAUAUCUUCUUCAGAGGUAAUAAAGGUGUAUCCGUUAGCGGAACCACGAAUUCCCCUAAAAACAGCAGAAGGAGAACAAAUAAAUAGUAUGAAAGAGUUGACGGCGAAAGCAAUCAUCGGGGAAGUUUUGAGAAUAUCUUCGAGAGAUUUUUUACCGACCGUGACGCUCGUCUUCGUCGCUGGUUUUUUCGCGCAAGCGUUGAAUCUCGGAGGGACGUUCCUCUUAGCUUUGAUACAGGUGCACGAGGUGGAAGUUAUCGCGGCGACGUUCGUCGUCGCCACGCAGGCGUGGAAGUUUCUGUGUCAGUUUCUCGUUCGUAUUGCAACGUUUAAAAACGCGUACGUUGGUGAUAAGGAAGAAGAUGGAACGAUAGAAGAAGAAGAUGAUAACAGCGACGACAAUACAUACGCGAAAGUUAAACCAAAGUACGCGUACGGCGUUUUGAAGCAAGGUUUGGAGCUGUACAAAUCGAUUCUCAUAAUAGACUUGCGCCGAACGCUUUCGAUCGCGUGGAACGGUAUGAUUACCAUUCCUAUUCCGUAUUUGGGGUUAAUGAGGUGUUUAGACUUGGCUCUUUGCGUUCCCGUUCGAAUAUUUGAAGGUAAACAAGGCGGAGAGAAUUUGAAACGGAGCACCGAACUCAUGCUCGGUCGGAAAAUUUUGCUUCUCAAGACGUUCUUUUACUUAUCUGCAAUUGCAUCGAGCGUCGUCGGAUUAAUAAUUGGAUUAUUCGCCCUUCUCGUGCCAAGCUUAGCAACUGUCUUGCUUCCUCCGGUUGGUGCUGAUCCCGCAUCGCUUGGAGGUGCCGCGCAGGGUUUGGUCACUGGAACCGCGUUCGAGCGCGUCUGGGACGUUGGAACUGUCACCGAGCGGUCGGCAACUAUUCUUUUACUUAUGAUUGCCGUCGUGUUGAGUUUCUUCUUUACUCUUGGAUUUCGACAAUUAAUAUACGUGUUCCAUCGCGAGGUAGCAAAUCGCUGGAUCCCACCUCCACCUCCGCCACCUCGAAAGUUGCCGGAGUGGGCGAAGAAACUGAAGAAGAAAGUGCAGUUUUGGAAAAAGGACGAUGUGAAGAAAAGCACGUGA